AUGUCUGUCGGCACGUACUACCUCCCGGCCCUGCCGUACGCCUACAAUGCCCUGGAGCCCAGCAUCUCGGCCCAGAUCAUGGAGCUCCAUCACAGCAAGCACCACCAGACCUACGUCACCAACCUGAACAACGCCCUCAAGUCCUACUCGACAGCGUCCUCGUCCAACGACAUCCCCCAGCAGAUUGCCCUCCAGCAGGCCAUCAAGUUCAACGGCGGCGGCCACAUCAACCACUCGCUGUUCUGGGAGAACCUGACGCCCGCCAGCUCCCCCGACGCCAAGACAGACAGCGCCCCCACCCUCGUCGCGGCCAUUGACAAGACAUGGGGCAGCGUCGACAGCUUCAAGGCGACGUUUAACAAGGCGCUCUUGGGGAUUCAGGGCAGCGGCUGGGGUUGGCUCGUCAAGGACGCGCAGGGUCUGCGGAUCGUCACGACCAAGGACCAGGAUCCCGUCGUCUCGGGCGAAGUUCCCAUUUUUGGCGUGGACAUGUGGGAGCAUGCGUAUUAUUUGCAGUACCUGAACGGCAAGGCUGCCUACGUCGAGAACAUCUGGAACGUCAUCAACUGGAAGACGGCGGAGAAGCGCUACAAGGGCAGUGCCCAGGACGCCUUUUCUGUGCUCAAGGCGUCGCUGUAA